CCGGGCCCGCGCCCGCCUCCGCCCCUCUCCGGGCCUUAAGGAUGGUGGCAGAGCUAUUUCUGCGGGUGGCGGGCUGCCUGGGUGGCUGGUUUUCCCUCUACAUCUCUUUCUGCUUCCUGAACAAGCACCGCGGCUAUGAGUGGAACUGCCGCUUGGUUACGUUUACCCACGGAGUCCUCUCUGUCGUCCUUUCAGCUUAUAUUGGUUUUAUCGAUGGCCCCUGGCCUUUCACCCACCCAGGAUCUGCCAACACUCCUCUCCAGGUACACGUGCUCUGUGUCACCCUGGGCUACUUCCUCUUCGACCUGGCCUGGUGCGUCCACUUCCGGACCGAAGGAGCCCUGAUGCUGGCCCACCACACGCUGAGCAUCCUGGGCAUCAUCAUGGCCCUGGUGCUCGGGGAGUCGGGCACUGAGGUCAAUGCGGUCCUCUUCGGCAGCGAGCUCACCAACCCGCUGCUGCAGGCCCGCUGGUUCCUCCGGGAGACGGGCCGCUAUCACAGCUUCGCUGGCGAUGUGGUGGACUUCCUCUUCGUAGCCAUCUUCACGGGCGUGCGGAUCGGGGUGGGGGCCCGGCUCCUGUUCUGCGAGCUGGUCUCCCCCAAGCCUCGGUGGUUCGUGAAGGUGGGGGGCGUGGCCAUGUACGGCGUGUCCUGGUGUUUCAUGGGCAGCAUCUGGCGCUUCGCGUGGAGGAAGAGCGGCAAGAAGUACCGAGCUUGGCGGAGCAGGAGAAGUGAGGAGCGACUGAUGAAGACGAACGGGCACGUCAGGGACGAUUAACCGGGCCUCGCUCCUGGCCGUGGGAGGGGUGAGCACUCUUCGCUCUUAAAUCAGGCUCGGGGGCCGGGUUGUCCCCGGGAGAGCCUCAGGAGGCGAGGAGCUUAGUACACUUUAGGGGUGAGGGUUUUUUUUAGAAAGGGCUUAACUUAUUGGUCAGGGAAUUUGGUGAGUCCUAAAGCACAUAGUUACCAGUAUUAAGUGUGAACAUGACCUCUCUGUGCACAGUCGUAGCUGGGUAGGUACAGGUGGGAGGAGAAGGGGCUUGGAUUGAUGUAGAGCAGAAUUGCUGAAAUGCCAGUUUAUCCCAAGUUUAGUUAAGGAGGGGGCUCGGGAGGAGGGUGGUUUCAGAGGCUGAACAUUGUUCUGUCCCUGUUACUUUGAGAAGCAACUCUUUAAUCCUAUGCUAUCAUUUUUUAAGGAAACUGAGACUGCUUCUUCCCUUGACCUUGCUAGGCACCAUAGGGAGUUUGUGAGAUGAGGAAUUGCCCUAGACAAUCUCACCAGAAGGGCUGGUCCCACUGUAUUGUCAUAUUGUACUCUCCC